UUCGUCGUUAACGUUUUUCCUGUUCUUAUACUUCCAGUCAAGCAUCCGUGUCCAAGAAGAAGAAAUUGUUGCCAUUCCUUGUAGCUUAUCCAGGAUUCUGCAACACCACUUUCAAGAACUAUAAACAGACUUUAAGAAAAAAAUGUGAUAUCAUCUUUCCUACCGGAUGUAAAAAGAAAGAAAGCGAACAACAAAUCUGCUAGUAUUCCUGGAGACCUGCGCUUUGCGGCUGUGACUUCAUCGGAUGCCCUUUGAAUUAAGCAUUGGCUGAACUCACCAUAGAGCGGGGAAAAACAUGAUGCCCUGAACUGACAGGCCAUCCAUGCGUGCUGAACCACCUAUAGACUCUGCUCACUCGCCUCCUGAAAGCGCUCCUUUGACACCAGAUAGAACCUCAUCAGUGAUUCAUCCAGCCAGCUGCGGCUGUUCACCAGUACCCGUCUGUCUGAACAUUCAUCCAACCAAUGGUUACUGCCGUACUAAUUGUCAUUGGAUGUUGUCGUCGUUGCUGUUGUUGUUGUGCACAUCUGAGAGACUGAAGACCAGGACGAUGUUAUGGCUCGCCUUCUUGGCUCUGACGGCCCUGGCGCGUUCGACGCAAGCUUCCGACGACGUAGAAAAAGAUGACGUCAUCCGGAGGGUGUGUCGGUUUGAUGGGAAGGAGUACGUAGCCGGGGACACGUGGCACCCGUUCUUACUUCCCAUUGGCUACGUCUAUUGCAUCACGUGCAUCUGCAAAGAGGAUGGUACCGUCAGCUGUCUGUCAGACGACUGUCCUAAAGUGACCUGUGAUAACCCCGUGUACCUGCCGGGGGAAUGCUGCAGACGGUGUCCAGAAGUAACUACGCCCGCUCCGACCACGCCACCGUAUCAGGGCCAGCAGUGUUUGUUCAAGGGUCGCACGUACCAACACGGGGAGAGCUUCCGUAGCGACGGAGUCUUCAUGCUACAGACGGAGAGCCAGUGUGUGCACUGUUCUUGUUCGGAAGGGAACGUUUUCUGUGCACUGAAGACUUGCACUGUGCCACAAUGUCCCAACCCGAUUCAACUAGCCGACUCCUGCUGUCUUCAAUGUCCAAUUGGAAAUAUCACAUCCAACUCUCUUGCAGAAAAGUCCAAAACUCCGAUCAGAGACGAAGAGGCGUACGAAGUAGAAGAGUACGACGACACGCAGGAGCAGAGGAUCCAGAACGAUCCAGAGGCCACUUUCGAGCACCCUCUACCGGAACUGAAAGGCGUUGCAGGCUCUCAGACUCGAGUCAACAUCAUCUUGGCUAACAACAACACUAACAGAAUAGGAAGAAUUUGUGUAUCAAGUGGACAGACGUACUCCCAUGGAGAGAAGUGGCAUCCAAACUUGGUCCCUUUUGGUCAAAUGAAAUGCGUCAUCUGUAACUGUAAUGACAGUAAGACCACCUGUAACAGAGUCUCCUGCCCUCCUGACUCAGACUUACCCUGUCCAAACCCCAGGAAAGUACCAGGCAAAUGCUGCAGUGCCUGUGUUGAGGAAGGUGACGAUGAAACACUCAUGACGACAGAAGGGCCAAUAAUUCUCAACGGAGAAGCAUCGGAACAAGCCAUCUUGGAAAUUCCUUCAAAAACGGGUGGAAAAGACAACAAGAAGGGCACGAAGAGACAAGGGACGAAACCAUGCCUGAAGAGAAGAGAAACGCAUCUGGUGUACUCGUACCAGCCUCAGCCUGAACACGCCACACAGUCGCACAAGUACGCACUGGAGAACGUCAAACAGGAGAUGGUGGAACUUCAUGUGUGGGAGGUUAUACAAGGAAUCAUCCGGAUCUUUAAGAUUGUGAGGCUGACAACAAAGGAGUUUGAAGAAAUCCAGAAGAAUGACAAACAGGGCCAGUAUAAACUGCUUGGUGCUACAGCUGAAAGUCGAGUGAGGAAACUGAAGCGGCGUGAGACUAACCUCCAGGACAUGUGCACUAACAACUGUAAGGAGAGGAUAGGCAACCUCUUCAAAGUCCUCAAACUUAAAGACACUUCCAAGAGAAACAAGUGCAAGAACUAAAUACAUGUACGUGUGCAUAUAGCAUUCUCCUACGGAGAGGGACCAGUCAUGUCGAAACUCCUUGUGGUCACCUCUGCUGUCUGGAGCACUCAGAUCAGUUACUGACCGCCCUGCUUAUAAAUAUUAAUGAGCUUACCCUUAUAUGGGAUUCAGCCAAUCAGUGCCCCAUCAGGCCUUUGCGAGAUCCCUUUUGAAAACAAAAAGGCCAAGAAAGGCCUAUUCUCUGAUUAGCUGACAGCUGGUUUGUGGCGACGCUCACAGUAACCGCUAGUGGGCCUCCAGACAGCAGGGCCCCAACUGGCAGUCAGCUAGUGCUGUUGGGGACCGGGCAUAGGAGGAUGGCAUAUAGGAGAUGUCCCCAACACUGUCUGUCAUGGCUAUUGAAUUAAACAUACUGUAUUUGGGGCAAAAGCCAUGAAAGUUGCCAUUGUCCAAGUUUACAGAAUUGUCUUAAGCAACAGUAAUGAUCCAACAUUGUUGACCACUUAGUGAUUUACAAAAUAUGAUGACUGUAGAUAUUUCUGCAUUUGUAUGUUUUAGUGGCAUUGUAAAAAAAAAGCAUUGACAUGUUUUUUAACUUAAACUAACCAGGCAGCUUAAGCUCUGAUGCUUUUAACAGUAUAAAUUAUGCAAAUAAUUCAUCUAACUUGUAGCUUUGUAAAAAACACUUGUAGAAAACCAGUACAUGUAUAUGGCACAUGGCCCUGCAAUAUCAUGACACAGCUUUUAAAGAAACAACUAAACAAUAUAUACCCAAUUUAAGCAGUGUUGCAAAAGUAGAAACUAUGAAAAUUCUGAAACAUUCAAUUUUGAAGAAACUUCUUUCCAAAAGACUUGAUACUUCAUAUACAUUGUACCUUUUACUAUUUAUGUUACUAAAUAUGAUAUUGGGUAUGUCCAACAUAUUAUUUGUCAACAUUUUUAAAGCAGGAGAAUACAGGGUGUGAUGUAUUGUAUUUAGAUUCAGUUGUUAUGUAUGUAUGUCUGUAUAUAUUGAUUUGCUUAAAUGUGUUAAAGGAAUGUAAAUUAUUAAAUUGUCAUCAAUAUUAAAAAUAUACAUGUAGAAACUAAAUUAAUGCAUGCUAGAAGUUUUGAUUAUCAAGAUGUACAAAAGCAUUAAAACCAUAUAUCUGUGAUUUUAAAUUUAGUACUGGUAAUCUAAGGGCCCACUGCAAGUCACACAAUGUACAAUAUAAGUUUGUAAAGUAACACUACGUAAUCAGACUAAGGAUGCAUAUUGUGAUAUUCCAACUUAUCUUUUUAUAUUAAUACUUACAUCUUCACAGAAUAACAAAGGAAAACUGAAUUUUAAGUAUCGAGUAGCUAUUUUCAGUGUUCUCUGCUUUCUGAACCUUUAUUUGUACAACAAAAUCUUUAACAUUUUCUAUGGUAUCCCUGCCCAAAUAAGUUAUAAUCUGCAGAAAUAAAGAAUUUCAUGUACAUGUAUCA